AGCAGGCCUAAUAACUUGGCAUUCCUGAAUAUUUUAAGCCCCUACCCAACCAUGCAAUUAAAUAAUCGGACAUGAACAGAAUAUGGAGAAUUGUUACUGUAUGUAAUAUACUGCAGAUAGACAAAAUUGUAGACCUAAGGCUAAGCUACUCUAUCCUAAUUUCAGUGUGUCCCAUAUCAAACGCUUACCGCAGUUUAUUUAAGUUGUAGCAAAUGAACAAGCGAUCACCUUGGUACAAGAUGGCCUUCCUCACAUGAAAAUGAAACCGCGCAAUACUGGAAAUAAUGGAUAAAUUAAGGGCUUUUUUAAACGUACAUUUUCAAUUUACGAAACGCAUUAGAAUUUGCAACACUUCAUCGUUAAAACUCUAUUGCAUAUGACUUUGUCAGGGCAAGGAUCUGAAAAGCACGAGCAAGAACAGAACGCUGAACUGCAUAUCCCAUAAUCGUCUCCUGUCUGUAAACACGUCGGCCACGUGACUGCAGGACUGUUCUGAUUAGAGUGGUGGGCCGGGAGCUAACGGGAUAUGUAUUUUUGUUUCUCAAGCUGUCGGUUUUGUUUAUAAUACCUUAAUUAUAGUCGAUGAAGCGAAUACAAAGGCUUUAGUGUUUUGUUGACAUGGAUAUUACCCACGCUAGACCGUCACUGUUUGGAGACAUCGCUCAUGGCCUGGGAUUUUGGACGGACCGCUCCGAGGUCCACGAGGCUGCCUCGCAAGGCCGCGCCCUGGAGCUGCAGCAGCUGAUUGAGAGAGGAGCGUCCGUUAACAUAGUGGCGGUGGACUCCAUCACACCCCUCCACGAGGCCUGCAUACAGGGGCAGACACAGUGUGUCAGACUGCUGCUGGAUGCUGGUGCACAGGUAGACGCGCGGAACAUCGACAGCAGCACGCCCCUAUGCGACGCCUGUGCCGCGGGGAGCCUGGACUGCGUCAGGCUGCUGCUGGAGCACGGAGCCACGGUCAACCCCCCCCUCUUCACCUUCUCGCCCCUGCACGAGGCCUGCAUGGGCGGUAACGCGGACUGCGUGCGCCUCAUGGUCGCCAAGGGCGCCCAGAUGGAGGCGCACGACUGUCACUUCGGGACCCCGCUGCACGUGGCGUGCGCCAGGCAACACCUGGACUGCGCCAAGGUGCUGCUCAACGCAGGUGCCAACGUGAACGCCGCCAAGCUGCACGAGACGGCGCUGCACCACGCGGCCAAGGUGAAGAACGUGGAUCUGAUCGAGAUGCUCGUGGAGUUCGGGGGGAACGUGUACGCCAGGGACAACCUGGGCAAGAAGCCCGUCGACUACACCAGGCCGGGGUCCCCCCCGAACCUCUGCUUAGAGUUUUACGAAGGUACGCCCCUGAGUCUGCAGCACCUGAGCAGGCUCACGCUGAGGACUGUGCUAGGUAAAAGAGCCCUGGAGGUCGUGUCCAAGCUAACAUUACCCAACCGGAUCAUCAACUACCUCUCCUACUACUGACAAACGUGUCCUUUACUUGCUUAUCCCAUUUACAAUGACGGAUCAAGGAGGGGAAUCGGACGCGAAGGAGGGGACAGCCUGUCACCUGCUGGGAUUGAUUAGCAGGUAGCGGAUCGAGCUACGACUUGACCUGGAUAUUGGAGUUGUCACUCCUGUUCUUUGUAAAUUGGUGUGAUGUUGGCUCCAAAGGCUUGAGGGAUUCAGCCAGCUAACCAUCUCACCUAAAACUCGGGCCUGAGUGGACAUCACAGCAUCCCCAUCAAUGCACCACAGGACAGGCUUAGCUCUGUUUUUUUUCAACUUUGUUUUGAGGGAUGAAUAGCCCCUUUGGACCCAACAGCACCACAUUUGACAGCGACCUUGUUUACUAAGAAUACCCUUUUGCACACCAGCCACUUGUUGGAGGACUAAUACAAGAAGAUCAUUCCGCAGCAUUCAGAAGCUGCUGACCCAAGAAAUCAUUCCAUUCUGGAUCAUAAUCCUAACAAACUCCCAUUGUUCGGCCGGCCCAAUGACACCAUAAAUACCACCAAUCAAAGACACCUCUACACCUGCUACUGUUUCCUCAACCACACCUGAAUCCCUGGAGUUGCAGGCCCAGGUCCCUGACCAUUAUGAUACCUGCUUAGCAAUGUGCUCAGCCCUAAUUACACACUGCUCUUCUGAUUGUGCAGUAGGUCAGUGGUUGUGGUUGGCCUUGCGCUGGAUGUGGGAGAUAUGCUGUUCCCCCCCUGCCAGUGCUGCUCUAAUGGAGUGGAACUCCUGGCCAUAGAGGACGAUUGGCUGCAAGGCACACAGUUACUUUUUUUUUCUGUGUGAAAUAUCUCAUUCCUGUACUCUCUAGACUGAAGCGGGCCAUGUGUUUAGAACGGUUCCCUUAAGCCUGUCCUGCAUGCAAGCAGCACACUUGGGAGUGUCGAAGUGUCCCUGAGCAAGACACCUAACCUCUAAUUGCUCCCAACGAGCUGAACGAUACCUUGCAUGGCAGCUUUUCACCAUUUGUGUGUGAGUGUAUAGGUGAAUGAGAGGCAUCAAUUAUAAAGUGCUUUGGAUAAAAGCGCUAUAUAAAUGCAGUCCAUUUACCAUUUACACUUUUUUUUAAAAGCUUGGUUACAUCUCUAUCAGUGUUGCUGUGCUGUGAAGCUCUUUAAACAGCACAUGACACACAUACGUACAUAUCGAUAUCAUUUUGGUGAAACAUUCCUGCUGUACUCACUGAUAUACUAAAACAACAGUAUUUAUGGACAGAAUUAAUUACUUGUCCAUUGAACGUUAUGCAGUAAAAUAGUGUACCUGGGACAUUCUGAAAUGGAAGAUUCAGACUGUAUGGAUCUGUGUACUCUGUUGUACCUAACUAAAAAAUGCCUAUAGAGACAUUUUGCAGGCAAGUAACCAGACCAAUCAUUUAUCCACUUGGUCUGGUACUUUCCUGCAAAACAUCUCUGUAGGUCUUUUUCAUUGAGGUACAAUAGAAUACACAGAUAGACACUGAAGAUGCAUUCCAGUCGACCAGUUUUUUUUAAACCUUGUUUUUAGAACAUGAACAAUUGGAACAUGCACAUUGUUCAAACUUGUUUCAACAAUGUAGAAAGAAGCCAGGUAGUGCAAAGGGGUCAUUUGGCACCAGCAAAUUUGUUACCAUGCCAAGAGGGACUCGCAACAUACUCUAGCCAUCUAGAAUACAAUGAAUUGGUGGAUGUCUCUUUAAUCAUUCUGUGGUAAAACUCUGGAUAUUCUUCCUAUCUUGGACUCCAUCUGCAGAGAGACAAGGAAACAUUUGAAAUUUGUCAUUUUACCUUUUCUGUGAAGCUACUGAAACUUAAAAAAUACAAAAGUUUUUUCUGUUAGCCCACCACUAGGUGGCGCCUAGAAUCUUUUUCAAAAGUUUGCACAGAAAUGGCCUGGAGGAAGAGGUAGCAUUAUUAUCUUCUCUAUAUACUCAGAGAAAUACAGCCUGGACCCAGAUCUCAUUUGGUCUGUAAUGAGAGUUUGAUUAAUAUAAAACCACCAAGCUAACGUAAGAUAUGCAGUAGUCUGUCCUAGUGCAUGUUCCGAACUCUGGAUAUUUUUUUAUCCAGCAAAAGAUAAAGACGGAUUCCUGAUGUGGGUCUGGCUUAUUGGUCAUAGGUGUAAUUCUCUGAACUUAUUAAGGAGAGUGAGGGCAAGACCCAAACUCCUAAUGGUGCUGGGCAGUGGCUUACAGAAUGAGAUGAUGCUUGUAAACUGUAAAUGUGUCAUCCUUCCAUGUCAUCUUGACUGACGCAGGCAGUGAUGGUUGAGAAAUGCAGUAUCUACUAUGCUAAUAUCUCAUUCAUGUGGUCACAUUACCAUAAGUACUAGGACGAUGUGCACUGGAUUCUUAGGUUCAGUAUUGCUGUACCGCAGUGCUGGUUUAGUAAUUAACUGCUGCCGAUACAAACGGAUACCGCCAUUGAAAAUGGCAAAAUAAACAUGUGAUGUUUGUUCUUUGCACAGUGAGUGUGGAUGAAUCUUGAGAAAAAAAGUAAUGCAUUCCAUACCUGAAGUUCUGAAGUUCAAAAGCCACUCCACCUUAAUAUUAGUCAUUGUGACUUUAGGAAACACAGAGCUGCUACCUGGCAGCCAACACACAAGAAUCUAAGGAAUUGUUGGAUGCACCCAUGAAUAGCACCAUGAUCCUCUCCAGAUGUACCCCGUAGUUUGAGCUCCAUUUUAAACAGGCAAAACAAACUGUAUGUUUUGGUUUCCUGAAAGCUUUUAGAAAUGGAAAACUACCAUGGCACUGUUUGCUUUUGUUUUUUCCACUGGUGUCCAUUCACUUCUGCAAAGGUCUGAACGUUAAAACUUACAGCUCACUUAAAAUCUUUAA